AUGGAUCAGUCGGUGUUGGCGAUCUGGGUAUUUCUCUGCUUAAUUGGUCUGCUUUUCAAUUUGUCACCCGUCGCCGGUAACGCUGAAGGUGAUGCCUUGAAUGCUCUGAAGACAAAUUUGGCUGAUCCUAAUAGUGUUCUACAGAGUUGGGAUGCAACCCUUGUUAAUCCUUGUACUUGGUUCCAUGUGACAUGCAACAAUGAAAAUAGUGUGACUAGAGUUGAUCUAGGAAAUGCAAAUCUAUCAGGUCAACUGGUACCACAGCUUGGCCAACUCCAGAAAUUGCAGUACUUGGAACUUUAUAGUAAUAACAUAAGCGGAAGAAUUCCAAAUGAACUGGGAAACUUGACAGAGUUGGUUAGUUUGGAUCUUUACCUGAACAACUUAAAUGGUCCUAUUCCUCCCUCAUUGGGCAGGCUUCAGAAGCUACGCUUCCUGAGGCUCAAUAAUAACAGUUUGAAUGAAGGUAUUCCCAUGUCUCUAACCACCAUUGUUGCACUUCAAGUACUUGAUCUCUCAAACAACCAUUUGACAGGACUAGUUCCAGUCAACGGUUCCUUUUCACUUUUUACUCCUAUAAGUUUUGCUAAUAAUCAGUUGGAAGUUCCUCCAGUUUCUCCACCUCCUCCUCUUCCUCCUACACCCUCAUCGUCAUCUUCAGUGGGCAACAGCGCAACUGGAGCUAUCGCUGGAGGAGUUGCUGCAGGCGCUGCUCUUCUAUUUGCAGCUCCUGCAAUUUUUCUUGCUUGGUGGCGUCGGAGGAAACCACAAGACCACUUCUUUGAUGUUCCUGCUGAGGAGGAUCCAGAAGUUCAUCUGGGACAACUCAAAAGGUUUUCCUUGCGUGAACUACAAGUUGCGUCGGAUAAUUUUAGCAACAGAAAUAUACUCGGUAGAGGUGGAUUUGGUAAGGUUUAUAAGGGCCGGUUAGCUGAUGGCUCUUUAGUUGCAGUGAAAAGACUAAAAGAGGAACGUACUCAAGGUGGAGAGUUACAGUUCCAGACAGAAGUAGAAAUGAUCAGCAUGGCUGUACACCGAAACCUACUUCGUUUACGGGGCUUUUGCAUGACACCCACUGAGCGCGUGCUUGUUUAUCCUUACAUGGAGAAUGGAAGUGUUGCAUCACGUUUAAGAGAGAGGCCUGAAUCAGAGCCCCCACUUGACUGGCCAAAAAGGAAGCGUAUUGCACUUGGAUCUGCAAGAGGCCUUGCUUACUUGCAUGAUCAUUGUGAUCCUAAAAUUAUUCAUCGUGACGUCAAAGCCGCAAAUAUCUUGUUGGAUGAGGAGUUUGAAGCAGUUGUUGGGGAUUUUGGGUUAGCUAAACUCAUGGACUACAAGGAUACUCAUGUUACCACUGCUGUACGUGGUACAAUUGGGCAUAUUGCCCCUGAAUAUUUAUCUACUGGUAAAUCUUCUGAGAAAACUGAUGUCUUUGGCUAUGGGGUUAUGCUUCUAGAGCUCAUAACUGGGCAAAGGGCUUUUGAUCUUGCUCGACUUGCGAAUGAUGAUGAUGUCAUGCUGCUAGAUUGGGUGAAGGGACUCCUGAAGGACAAGAAAUAUGAAACAUUAGUUGAUGCAGAUCUUCAAGGUAAUUACAAUGAAGAAGAGGUGGAACAACUUAUUCAGGUAGCUCUACUUUGCACGCAGAGUACGCCUACGGAACGUCCAAAGAUGUCAGAAGUUGUAAGAAUGCUUGAAGGUGAUGGCCUUGCUGAGAGGUGGGAGGAAUGGCAAAAGGAGGAGAUGUUCCGGCAAGAUUACAACCAUGUACACCACCCCCAUACUGAUUGGAUAAUAGCUGACUCCACGUCAAAUAUCCGACCGGAUGAGUUGUCAGGGCCAAGAUGA